AUGUCCGCUGUUCUUGCCGUGGCUGUCCUUGCACUCAUCCUUGCGGGUGUUUUGCAAUGGCAACGCAGGUCAGUCGAGUUUCGCCCCCGCAUACUUGGCGAUGUUCUCCUUGUAUUUUCCCACCCAGACGAUGAGGCGAUGUUUUUUUCGCCGUUGUUGGAGCACCUGAAACGAUACGACGUGAAGGCCCACUUUCUUUGUCUUUCAAAUGGAAAUUAUGAGGGUCUGGGUGCCGUUCGCGAAAAGGAGCUUGGCCUUAGCGCGCAGUACUUGGGAGUUCACCGAAACAAGGUGAAAAUAGUGAAUCAUCCUGCCUUGCAAGACGGGAUGCAGGCAUCGUGGGAUGCAGCAUUGAUUCGUCAAGAGGUGAUGUUGUACCUUCAAAAGGCGAAAAAUGUACGCACCGUCAUCACCUUCGACCAGUGGGGGGUGUCAUCACACCCGAACCACAUCGCAGCCUAUCACGGGGUUCGACUGGUAAAGGAGUGCAUGCCGCCUGGGAUUGUGUUUUUGGGUUUGCGUACUAGAAGCCUACUGGGUAAGUACAGUGGGGCGUUGGCGGUCGUUCAGUACAUGACAAAUAUUGGUUUGUCGAGUAAAAAGCAACCGCUUGUUUUUAUUAUACCCCCUCUCGCGUCCUUGACGAGUUUUUUUGCACUACGGCUGCACAGAACACAACUAGUGUGGUUCCGCUAUCUUUUUGUGGCAUUUUCGUCUUACACCUACGUCAAUGAGCUGGAGGAGCUAAAAACGCACUAA